CUUCUUAAAGUUCCUCUUCACACUUCACUCUUCAGCUCCUCAAAGCUCUCUCUCAGGCAAAUCAAAAAAGAAAAGGCGAGGGAGGACUAGGGUUUUUUCUCUGAGACCCAUGGCUCUAGCUCUUCCUCAUUCACAGGCUCGCUUGCUACUCUCCUAUCAAAGCCCACCGGCUGUUCCUCGAUUCCGGCAAAUACGAACAGCGAAGACGAGCGUUGAGUCGCCGCCGAUCCGCGCAAUCCGAUGCUCGGCGAAACCGAAUGACCAAGUUACCCUGAGAACGUGCAAGAAUUGCAAGACCCAGUACGACCCCGCCCUCAAUCACCCUCGCGCCUGCCGCUUCCACACUGCUCACUUUGGUGGAGAAACAAAGAGGAAGUUUGAGAGUGUAUAUUCAGGAGGCACCAUGGACACUCCUGGCUCUGGCAAAGUUCUUCAAUACUGGCAUUGCUGUGGGUCUGAAGAUCCCUUUGACCUUGGAUGUACAGCGGCUCCUCAUUCCUCCUAUGAUGAUUGAUGAAGUUGACAAUCUUCCACAAUUUAAAUAUGUAACACCCCUUUACCCCCUUCUCGUUGGAAGACGAUAUUACGCAUCGUUCGAACAAAAAAUGCAAGGAUACAAGAAUUUCAUAAACUGAAAACCAAAGUAAACCAAGCAUCUCAUUAUAAUUAAAACUUAAACCAUCAUAUUCCUGUUGCUACAUCUCAUCCCAUUAAAACUUAAAACUUAAUCUUAACAUAAGAAAACAUAUUGAAACCUAUUUAAUCCUCUUCUAGGUGAAGGCUUCCGACUCUAGUUUUACUGGCCAGUAGAACCGUCUACGACGUCCUUGUUUGAGCAACCGUGUCGCCUGAACGACUGAGACCAACUGUAGAAACAGGCAAUUUCCCGCGUACUAUCCAUAAGAUGUUAAUGAGAUGUUUAGUCAGCUUUGAAUUUCGAUUUAUGAAAUUCUUGUAUCUUUGCGUUUAUGGUUCAAACAACACGUGAUAUCGUUUUCUUAUGGGAAGGGGGUGUUACAAACUACAUGGUUCACUUCUUUUACCCAAGAAUCUCCACUCUUGCUUACUAUCAUUUGUUUGUCAUAUGUAUAUUGCACAUAUAUUUCAUUUUCCUUUUCAAUCUAGGCAUGUAGCAGUACAUUCAUAUUGGUUAUAACCCCAAGAAUAGCACAUUCUGUUUGAGGAUCAUUUCUCAUGAAGUGGUAUUCACUAUUUCAAACCUCUCCUCCUUUGAGCCAAUAUUAAAUGAAAUUGAUUAUCAUAUCUUAAAGAUGUUUAGCACUUACCCAGUCACCCCAGAUUAACACCCUGAACGGAGGUAUCACAUGGCUCUUAUAGUCUUAUAGAUGCAUUCUGACUUUGUCUUUUGGUAAUACAAGUAUCAUCAAACAUGUUUAGGCAGCGACACGUGUUAGAUCUCACAUUUUCGUAUCGUAUGGUAUCCACAUGUAAUUCCCUUGGAACCCGGCAUAUCCUAUGUUAAACCUGCCCAAAACUUCAACAAACAAAUUAUUUUAAUAACUCCACUUGUUACAACCGUUCAAUUCUCCUUAUAUUAUAAUCUUUUGGUCACUUUAUACAUAAGCGCCGACCUUAUUGCUGGCUAGCUUUCCAAGAAGAGAAUAACUAAAUGCACGGCACCGCCAAAAGGAGACGGCCAGACGCGGAGAAAGGACACGUGUCAAUAACCCAACAAAGUUUUAGCUAACGUUAGAUCUUGAGGCCUCAUAUCUAUAAAUAUGAAUAUAGAGACCACCCCUUCCCCAUAUCCAUCUUUCCACUUUGUUCAGCAAUGGAAGCAACUUGUCUAUUUUCCACAGCACAUCCUCCUCUGCCAUUUUCCCUGCUGGGAAAACCAGAGUGUAAGAAAAUGAGAUUCUUGCAAGGGAAAAGAU